ACUAUUCAGAUUGAAUCUGGAGUACGUACUAUAACUUCAGUCUUCUGGUGGUGUUGUUAGCUCCGUCGUUUCUCUGUAUUGCAAAUUUGUAACUUCCUAUCAUCGUCUGUGACAUCAAUGGGUGGGAUCUUUAGCAAGAAAGGACCAUCUGGGUUCUCAUCCUGGUCGACAGCCGAGGAAGUUACCGAAGGGAUUGAUGGAACUGGUCUAACUGCCAUUGUUACAGGAGGCUCAAGUGGUAUUGGGGCGGAGACAUCACGUGUUCUUGCACUGCGAGGUGUCCAUGUAGUUAUGGCAGUAAGGAACACGGAAGCUGGGGAACACGUUAAACAAGCGAUCCUUACAGAAGUACCCGACGCAAAAAUUGAUGUUAGGGAGUUGGAUCUCAGCUCAUUGGAAUCUGUGAGAAAAUUUGGAGCAGAUUAUUGUUCCUCCGGCCUUCCACUGAACAUCCUUGUUAACAAUGCAGGGUUAGGGGCAGCUCCAUUCAAGCUUUCCAAAGACGGCAUAGAAAUGCAAUUUGCAACUAACCAUCUAGGUCAUUUUCUUCUCACUGAACUUGUGUUGGAGACCAUGAAAAGAACGUCACGAGAGAGCAAAGUAGAGGGGAGAAUUGUUAAUGUAUCGUCAUCACUUCAUCCAGAUGGGUACCGCGAAGGGAUUCGUUUUGAUAAAAUUAAUGAUGAAGCAGGAUACAACAGAUAUUAUGCCUAUGCUCAAUCCAAGCUUGCUAACUUGUUACAUACUAAUGAACUUACAAGGCGUCUCAAGAAAGAAGGGGUAAUUCUCUUCAUCCCGGUAUGAUUUUUACCAAUAUCGGGCGCCAUGAUCUCUUGUUAAGCUGUUUUUUCGGUGUGAGUGGACUCUUCAACAAAACUAAAACUGUUCCUCAGGGUGCGGCAACCUCAUGCUAUCUGGCACUUAACCCACAAGUUAAGGGCGUAUCCGGCGAAUACUUUGUGGACUCUAACAUUGGCAAACAGAGUUCUCAGGCAAAAGAUGCAGAUUUGGCUAAAAAACUGUGGGAUUUUAGCUUGAGUUUGACCAAUGCCAAGUAGCAGAGUGUUGAUCUUGCUGGUUUCUGUCAUGGUAGCUCUUUUCUGCACUUUCUAUUAUCAAAUCAAUUGCCAAAUUUCAUAACUUCAAAAUUGUAAUCUGUUUGAACUUUCUGAUCAUGGGAUCAGAUCUUUGUGAUUCUUCACUUUAUGCAUUGAGAUUUUAUGUUUUUCU